CCGCAAAUCCUUCUCGCAAGCGUGGUUUGAGCUGCUAUUAUUCGCGACAACGGAAUUCUUGCAGAAUCGAUGUAUAUCUUCUUGGAUGGGAAGAAGACGACGCGUUACGCACCUACAACUUCGAUGAAGAAGGUCCCAUCCACUGGGAUGAUGAGCUACGACAUGACAUGGAUGCGGAGCAGCAAGGGAUCCCCCGUUCUCGGCGCUACAAGCUCUUGCGGACCACGAGGGUGGAGAGAAGUGGAAUCCGGCACUCAGCUCGUCACGUUGAUAAUGCAGAGAACGAUGAAAAUGACGCACCGAACCAAGGCCCUUCCGACUCCCUCGUAGGCCCUACCAUUCAUCUACGUGACAUGGCGCGGGUUCUAUUUUCUUGGGUCAUCCCCGAGACUUUCCAGCAGCAGGAGGCCGAACUCAAUGCGAGUAUUGAGCUAGGAAGAAAUCAAGCAAUGGGAUUGGCACCUCAAGUCGAUGACAUGCAGGGAGACGACUUCGCUGCCGAUUCACAGCAGUCCGAUCACAGUAGUGCUGGUGGUAUGGACAUGGAAGUAUGGCAAGACGAUAACUUCGACCCCGGAGACAUGGGUUUUCCCAAUAACGAGACGCAGCAAACGUCCGACACUCACGUCCCGACACCCUCUGUCGACCUGAAUGCAACCGAGAAUGCCGGCCCGCUUGGCGGGAUUGACACUGGGCUUCCGGAACUUCCUUUGACGGCGAAUAGCGGCUCAAGCUCUUCAGGCUCCUCACCUCGCAUGGUACGCCAUACACAGCCUCUUGUGAGAUACGAUUACCCGGUCGAUUGGGACAUUAUGCCCCAUCGUAUACGUCAUCUCGAGCGACGUGAAGCAGAGCUCCUGGCGAUGGUCAACGACCUCUGCGAGGAACCAACCAGACAACAAUUGCGCUCGAAAGAAGAAGAAUUGGCGAGACUCAGGAAGACCCUCGAGAGACUUCAUCUCGACAAUCAUUACGCCGCGAUCCACCAAAGUUCGCAAGAAGUCUUGCUCAACCGUCUCAAGUCUGCCCUAACAGCGAGGACCGCCGGUGAAAAGAGAGCGAUCUCGAGUUCUCAUGACUACCAACGCCUAGCAUCAUCAAUGACUUCUCAGAUGAUGGAAUUCGAAUCCUUGCUUGUGGAAGAGCGGACCCGGACAGAGGAACUAGAGGACGACUUGAAGGAAUCAAGGGCGUUGUGCGAUCGCAAGGACGAGGAGAACAAAGAGUAUCAUCGAAAAGCCCAUCAUGCACUCAACCUGGCGAACGCGCGAAAAGACGACCUGUUGAGACUCGACAGAUCACUCGCCGAAAGUCGUGAACGUAUCAUUCUUCGUGACCGUGUGAUAUCCGAUCUCGAACAAGGUCUGGCACGUGCGAACGCCGACAUCUUAUCGCUGCAGACAUCGAAGGAAAGCCUACAAACGAACCUGGCUCACACCGAGAGGCAGCUAGAAGAUGCGCGCAAAGAGAGGAGACGGGUUGUGGAGAGGCUGUAUGCCGACAUCGAUCAUCAUCAGGCGCAGCAAAGCGCCUUGCAAGACCUCUUGAAGCUGUCCCAUGCUGAACACAGCAGAGACAUGAAGGCCGCGAACCUGGAGCUCAAGUCGGAAAAAGUACGCCGCGACCAACUUCAGUGCCAGUAUUCGGAUCUCAGUGAGCAGCUUCGGUCAGCUCAAGAAGAAUUGUCUCGGACCACCAAACGCCGUUUGGAGGACGUUGAGCUCGAUGAGCAGAUUGAAAGGCUGCAGGCCCAGAAACGCUCUCGAAGACAGGGAUCCCCUGGAAAGGCCGCUGGAGAUGUGCCGUGACUGGGUGUGUAGCUGUCCUAGUCAGCAGUGCUCUGCUCAAUGUAUGACUCGGAUAUCGUAGAGAUACAACGAUUGGCACAACACAGUUGUCAGAUAUCCGAGGUCUCUUUGUGCCCUUUCCAACGACAGGCGCAUUAUAUGCAUU